CUAUAUAUACAUACUAGCAAGAGGAGUGUGAUAUUUACAAAGCAAAGCAACUUCUCAUUAAUUUUGAUUAUUUUCAGACUGUGUGUGUGUGUGUGUGUUGUGUGUGCAAAAAAUGGCUCUGCUCAACGAUCUCACCAACUUGAAUCUCUCCGACUCUACUGACAAAAUCAUAGCAGAAUAUAUAUGGAUUGGAGGAAGUGGGCUAGAUCUCCGAAGCAAGGCCAGGACACUGACGGGACCCGUUCGCGAUCCGUCGGAAUUGCCAAAAUGGAAUUUCGACGGAUCCAGCACCGGCCAGGCGCCGGGGGAAGACUCUGAAGUCAUCAUCUAUCCUCAGGCAAUUUUCCCUGAUCCUUUCAGGAGAGGAAACAACAUUCUGGUGAUGUGUGAUGCAUACACUCCGGCGGGGGAGCCGAUUCCCACCAACAAGAGGCACAACGCGGCUAAAAUAUUUAGCCACGCUGACGUUGUUGCUGAGGAGCCAUGGUACGGCAUAGAGCAGGAAUACACAUUGCUGCAGAAGGAGGUGAAGUGGCCUUUGGGUUGGCCGGCCGGCGGCUUCCCGGGCCCACAGGGGCCCUACUACUGCGGCAUCGGUGCGGAUAAGGCCUACGGGCGCGACAUCGUAGAUUCUCACUACAAAGCAUGUCUCUAUGCCGGAAUUAACAUCAGCGGCAUCAAUGCGGAGGUCAUGCCGGCCCAGUGGGAGUUUCAAGUAGGGCCUUCUGUGGGAAUCUCUGCAGCUGAUCAAGUAUGGGUGGCUCGUUACAUCCUUGAGAGGAUAACAGAGAUCGCUGGGGUUGUCGUUUCCUUCGAUCCAAAGCCUAUUCCGGGAGAUUGGAAUGGUGCGGGUGCUCAUACAAAUUACAGCACGAAGUCGAUGAGAGGAGAAGGAGGGUAUGAAGUGAUAAAGAAGGCGAUCGAAAAGCUCGGACUAAGGCACAAGGAGCAUAUUGCCGCCUACGGCGAGGGUAACGAGCGCCGCCUCACCGGCAGGCACGAGACCGCCGACAUCAACACCUUUUUAUGGGGUGUGGCGAACCGGGGAGCGUCGAUAAGGGUUGGGCGGGAGACAGAGCAGGCGGGGAAGGGGUAUUUCGAGGACCGGCGGCCGGCGUCGAAUAUGGACCCCUACAUCGUCACCUCCAUGAUUGCGGAGACGACGCUCCUUUGGAAGCCCUAGUUUUACUAUGUAUCCAUUUCAUUUCAGUUUUUUUUUUUUUUUUUUUUGUAAUAACACUUUCAACUUUCUCACUUAAUUAUUCGCCCUUGUUUCAUUAUUUUAAUUCACUUCACCUUAUUAUAUCAACUUCAAAUAACCUCA